GGGGCCAGGGAUUCAGCUGUGCGUUUCCAUCAAGAGCAAUUUGGUGAAAAAUGUAUGGUCACCCCAAAAGUUAACUGUAAACCAAGAGCAGGCUCUGUCCAAUGCCUGAAGAAGGGUGUUUGUGCCUGAAAGCUUGCAACCAAACAACUUUUCCAACUACUUAGCUGGUUUAAGAAAAGAUAUAUCUACCCAAAGAACCAUGUCUGCCUAUGUCUUUAGAUCGGCGGUUCCCAAAAUGUGACAGAUACUACGCCACCAGUUUAAAAACAAUGCAACCUUAAGUACCACCAGCAAAUUUUUGUCAAAUAAAGUAAUUAUAAUAAAGCUGUUAAUGCAUGCUACUGACAGGUUGUCUGCGUGCCACUGGUGGUAGCCGUACCACAGUUUGGGAACCGCUGCCUUAGACCAACAUGGCUACAACCAACAUCCCCAGAGUAACUGGGAAUUCAGAAGGGAGAAGCAAUGCGUUUUGUAAACAGGGGAGGUUAGCGUGCUGUUGUUUUGUAAGUGAUGGCAUAAACACCUUGGGAUCCAAUCCUUUCUUGUUGUGUGUUCAACAAUUCAUCAUCUGCUGUCAGCAGCUUUAAAGAUAAUAUAUUAUGUUCCUGAGGAGACAAGAAAAAUGGUUUACAGAGUGAAUACAUUUUAAACUUUUGAAUAAGGAAGUGUAAAUUUGAGGUUAUCUAAUGAAGGAUGACAACCCCGUAUGUUCCUGUUCCUAUUCCUAUAGGAAAUUCUUCCAACUUAACAACAAACAGAAACCAAAGAAGGUCUUCCUUUGGGAGCAUCUCGACAAGCUUAAACUCUUCAAGAGGACAGUUGGAGGACUCUACCAGUGGUAGUUUUAAAAAGAUGAGUGUGCCUGACCAGAUUGGCUCUACAUCAUCUGUUAAUAGUAGCCCACUUGUUAGGACUAAAUUUACAGGUACGGACACAUCCAUUGAAUACUGUACACGGCCUAUGGAAGAUGUAGAGCAGAAUGCAGAUUCUGGGAGCUGGGAAGAUCGGCCAUCCACACCUACGAUACUGGGUUAUGAGGUGAUGGAAGAACGGGCAAAAUUCACUGUUUACAAAAUACUGGUAAAGAGAAGUUCAGAGGAAAGUUGGGUGGUUUUCAGAAGAUACACUGACUUUUCCAGGCUUAAUGACAAGUUGAAAGAUAUGUUCCCAGGCUUUCGAUUGGCACUUCCGCCAAAGCGCUGGUUCAAGGAUAAUUACAACCCUGACUUCCUGGAAGAUCGACAGUUGGGAUUGCAAGCAUUCCUGCAGAAUUUAGUAGCUCACAAAGACAUUGCAAAUUGCCUCGCAGUGAGAGAGUUCCUUUGUUUGGAUGAUCCACCAGGUCCAUUUGACAGCCUAGAAGAGAGCAGGGCUUUUUGUGAAACUCUGGAAGAAACUAAUUACCGUCUACAAAAAGAACUUCUUGAUAAACAAAGGGAAGUGGAAUCACUGAAGAAAUUAUUAAAUGAAAAACAACUGCAUAUAGAAGCUAUAGAAAAGAGAAUUAGGUCAGCUACAGAUAACAACUUCCUUCAGAUUGCAGGCCAGAAUGACCCAUCUUGGGUCAGAGGAAGACCUCUGACAAGGGAUUUCUCUUUAGGAAAAUCGAAGACUCGUAGAAUGUCAGGAGAAGAGAGUGAGUGCAGUGGCGAGGUGGAGUCUUCUGCCAUAGAGGCAGACCAGGGUGAACUGGCUGAGGACAGCUGCUCUGAUAAAGAGACUCGUGAGGCAUGCUGGAGUGGCUCGUUGGCUGAAAGUUCUGUGCCAGAAAUUGAAGUUGCUGAAGUAGCGUAUACUGCUGAUGAAGAGGAGUAAAUCAAUAGCAGCUGCCAUUACCUUCCAAUGUUUCAUAAUGUUUGGAAUGGACUCUGUGGGUAAAAACAUAUAGUAGCUGUAAAAAAAUAAAUAUUACAGCACCAGGCAAGAAUGCACCAAUUGAAUGUUUACAUAAACAAAUCCUUACAAAUUAUUGAGAUAAGAAAUAUACUUAUUGCUGCUUUUGAUUCAGUUUUUAUCUAGCCUUUAUAUAUUUAAUAUAUUAAAGUCUAAUUAGGGCUAAAUUCAGCUAUGCCUAGAUUCUUAAAUACUGUACAUAGAUUAUAAUGAUUUGCCACGGCAGUGGCUAAAGCUAUAUAUGUGUAUUCACCAAUCGCGUUACUCAAGGAUGUGACAUACUGUGCAUCACGUUUGCCACUAAUGUGACAUUUGAUGUGUUCAUCUCUUUGGUGUUUGAUUUUUUUCAAAUUCUUAUAUAGCCAUUGAAUAAUACUCAUGGAAAUAAAGGUGAAUGCACGUUAGGUUGAAUAAAAGUAUAGAAUAUAUCGUGUUUGUUUUUAAAGGUCUAAAUAAAUUUUAAUGCCGUGAAAUAGGAAGAUUUACAUUACCAAAAGAAAGGUAUUUAUGAAAUGGAAAGGAUUGGCCAUUUUAAUAAAAAGCUAGUAAUCGUUGCUGAAAGAACUAACGCGUGAGAACCUGAGAACCCAAACACACUGUCUGUUCACCCACCAAUAUGAUGUUGUAAUAACUGAUUUAGUUCAGGAAUGCUUUUUUACAUCUGAUAUUUUUGUUGCAUACCCACGUAAUGAUAAUGAGUUUUAUCAAAAACACUACCUCUUGCCUUCUUGCUAAUGCAUACAUGAUUUGUUUAAAAAUUAUUCUGGAUUAUACGGAGAUAUAGAAUGAUUUGUGGAAAGCCAUAUUUUUUUCUGCACAGUAGCUAGGUUGAAUCUAGUUGCAAUGUAUUUUUGUUUCAAUAUAUUUUACACAUGGGAAUGUUGCUACAAUGCAUUCUACAGCCUAUUUUUCAAAACGUAUUAAGCCAGGUGAUGCACUUUAUAAUAGACUCCUUUGUGCCAAGUUUAAUUGGCUAAUUUCUUUUGAGAGGGGGAGUUGCAGGGAGAGGAUUAUGUAGUGCCUUUUUGUAUUUUACUUGUUCAUUACUACAGAAGUUUGUUACCAUACUGUGGGCCAGCUUUAUGGAAUCGUUAAUACAGCUUGUUUGUUCUGCACCUAUUUACUAAAAGUGCCUUGUUUUCUUCUGCUUUUCCAACUGGAAGAAUGCUUUUCUGUUUUCAUCAUUUUUUCUGUACCACCCACUUCUUUGUUUAAUGCUGUUAAUAUGCAGUAUCUUUGUGCUGGAGUUUUCAAAGUUAGCUUUGUAUUUCAGGCUGUACAUACAAUGACCUUUAUGCAGAACUGUUUGAAACCUCCUGGGGAAAUAAAACUGUGGACAUCGCACACAUUUUCUCUUUUUUUUUUUUUUCCCCUGUUAAUAGAAACAUUUUAAAUACCCAGUCAGCAGAAAUUUAUGAAAAGCAAAUCCAGGAUAUCUCACUUCAUACAGUUUUUUUUAAGUCUCAGUUCUGGUUGUCAUCUUUGCAUGAAAAUGAAUGAAUGUUGCAAAACAUCAGAAAAUUGACUGUGUGUAUGCUGAAGGUAAAAGAGACAGGUAAUCAAUUUUUGUAUUCUUUUGGACUCUGAUAGGCUUCUAGGGGAUUUUGUAAAAUAUUACAUGUUCCUGGAACAUUAUAUAGAAACUAUGCAAUUGUCAAAUCCCAUUGCAAGUCACGUACUGUCUUAAACAGGACUAAGCUGUAUAUGUUAAAAUAAUUUAGAUUUAAAACAAUAAAUGUUUGAAACAUUUUGAAAUUUUUUUUUAGCAUUCUUCACUUUUGUUACUUUGUGGACUGCCACUUUAGCCAUUAAAUGAAUAUAAAUCUACAUAUAAAUGUUUUCCAAAGCAUUUAAAGGGGAUGGUGAGAAAUGUGGGAGUUUGUAUUUUGCCCUGUCAUCUUUAAGGAUUGUAGGAUGCCUCACUUUAAGUUGAAAUUUUAAAUGCUUUAUCUGAGAAGCACCCUCCAUGGCACCUUGUAUUUAUAUGGAUUGACCUAAUUUGUUUUUAAUCAGACAUAUAUACACAGUGCAUUUGAAAUGCAGUGGUCAAGGCUUCCUGGUAGCUGUAGAUUCAUAGAAGUUAGGGGCUGGAAGGGACCUCAUGACAUCAUCAUCAGGUCCAGCCCCCCCCUCCCCCCCCAGCUCUAAGGCAGGAAAGACUGCUGAGAUCAGAUGACCCCAGCGAGGAGUGCAUCCAGCUGUCUUUUGAAGAUCUCUAGGGAAGGUGACUCCUCCCUCUAGGGGGAGUCUGUUCCAGACUCUGGACACACAACCCGUAAAGAAGUUUUUCCUUAUGUCUAAUCUGAAGGGAUCUUCUAUCAGUUUAAGACCAUUAUUCCUAGUCUUCCCCUGGGUGCCUUGGUGAACAGAUGAUCUAACCCCUGAUGUUCACCCCUUAUAUAAAGGUUGCCACCAAGUCCCUCCCUGAAUCUUCUCUUUUUCAGGAUGAACAGUUCCAUGUCCUUCAGUCUCUCCUCAUAUGGUCUGUUCUCUAGACCUCUAAUAAUUUGUGUGAUCCUCCUUUGGACUUGCAGCAGAAAGCCCCUUUUCCUCUUGCCUGCAGUUGCUCUCCCCUCCUUGGAUAUGUUUUUCCUCUUCUACCUUUUCUUCCUUCCUCUUUCUUUCACUUUAAGAUAAAGAUUUGUGUUUUGAAAUUUGUGUGUGUGCAUUUUGUAUCUCCCCUUGUAUUUUGGUAUUUUUUAUCUAUUUGUGUGCCAUGGCAUUACUUCUGUAGCUUAUAUUUUAUACUCCUCACCUUUCAACUAAAUGUGUUUAGUUUCAUAAGUAAGUUAUACAUUGUAACAAUGUUAACGGGCUGGAAUCAAACUGUCCUUCCUUGUAUCAGGCUGGCCCCUGAAAGAGCGAGUGAAUCAGUGAUUGAAUGUGUAACACGGUAGCAGGCAGCAAUUAACACCUAAGGAAACUGCAGAUCAACCAACGGAAGAACUCAAUAGAAGACAAUGUAGCAACCAGGACAUCUCUAAACGUCACUGAUCAAGGGCUAGAAGCCCUGGCCUGAGUUAAUCAACGCCGGGGACCAACUUUUGGGCUGAAUAUCUCCAAAUCAACCGCUCCCAGAGCCCUAUUCAAAAUUCAUCAACGGACUCCCAAACCUGCACAUUUGUGUGGAUGACCCCUGGGGCUGACAGAUGCCGUCCAGUAGCCACCGAGGGGGGGGAAGUCCCACGAGGGUCAAUGACCCCUGGAUUGGGCAAACCUGAAAACUGGGGAGUCACCAAAGUCUGCCAAGGACAGAUAAAAAGCAGUGAAAAGUGACCCUCAGUGGCGCCCUCUUGAUCUCCAACUUGACCAGCACCCGACCUGUCCAGCCAGAAGGACCAGCCAGCAACUCCCUUCUGGAAGAUAACACCACGCUGAAAGAAGCCUCGACGACAGACUCCAGCGCUUGUAGGAUAGGUAUACCUGACUCUUGUAGCUUGCUACUGUGUGUGUGUGUGUGUGUGUGUGUGGGGACCAGCCCCAAGGUUUAUGAUUUAACUUCAUUACAGUGUUUCAAUCCGCCUAAUAAACCAGAAUUUUAAGGA